GCUGCGGAGCGCGCGCCUAAGCUCGGGCGCCCCCAGCAGCUGCAGGUCCGCCGCCCCCAUGUUCUCCUUGUGCAGCGCUGCGGGCCGAGCGCUCAGCAGAGCUGGUGGUCCAAGGCUUUUACUGAGGAUGACAUUAGGAACAGAAAUUACUACCCAUCUCCAGGCCUCUUCAUAUGCAGCAUCAGAGCGAAACUUUUUGAAAUGGGACCUGUCACCAGAGCAAAUCAUAACAAGGACAGAAGAUCUGAUCAUGAAAACAAAGCAAGUGUAUGACAAUGUUGAAAUGCUUGAUUUUGAAAAAGUAACAUAUGAGAACACUGUGCAGGCUCUGGCCGCCAUAGAAGUGGAGUAUACAGUGGAAAGAAGCAUGCUGGAUUUCCCACAGCAUGUCUCGUCCAACAAAGAUGUGCGCUCAGCAAGCACAGAAGCUGACAAAAGACUUUCUUAUUUUGAUGUGGAGAUGAGCAUGAGAGAAGAUGUGUUUCAGAGGAUUGUUUAUUUGCAGGUUGUUGCCUCAACUGCACCUGGAGAAUUACUUUUCCAACAAAUAUGUGAUCUUGGACAUCUAAAGCCUGAAGCUAAGCGGUAUUUAGAGAAGUCAGUUCAAAUGGGAAAGAGGAAUGGACUCCAUCUACCCAAAGAAGUACAGAAUGAAAUAAAGACCAUGAAGAAAAAAUUGAGUGAGCUGUGUAUAGACUUCAACAAAAACCUCAAUGAGGAAAACACAUUUCUUAUGUUUUCUAAGGAUGAACUUGAAGCCCUUUCUGAUGACUUUAUUAAUAGUUUAGAGAAGACUGAAAAGAACAAGUAUAAAGUUACCUUAAAGUACCCCCACUAUUUUUCUGUCAUGAAAAAGUACUGCGUUCCAGAAACAAGAAGAAAAAUGGAAACUGCCUUUAACACAAGAUGCAAGAAGGAAAAUACUAAAAUUCUUCAGCAGUUGCUUCCCUUACGGGCAAAAGUAGCAGAGCUUCUUGGGUACAAUACACAUGCCAGCUUUGUACUGGAAGUGAACACUGCAAAGAGCACGGAUAAUGUAACAACCUUUUUAGAUGACUUAAGUAAGAAGCUAAAACCACUGGGUGACGAGGAGAGAGAGUUUAUUCUGGAUUUGAAGAAAAAGGAGUGUGAAGAAAGAGGCUUUGACUAUGAUGGAAGAAUCAAUGCAUGGGAUUUACAUUAUUAUAUGAACAAGACAGAAGAGCUUAAAUAUUCCAUAGAUCAAGAGAAGCUGAAGGAAUACUUUCCAGCUGAAGCUGUUACACAAGGCUUAUUGAACAUUUACCAGGAGCUGCUUGGACUUGUAUUUGAGCAGGUAGAGAAUGCUCAUGUUUGGCAUGAGAGUGUUACUCUUUAUACAGUAAAAGAUGAUUCAACAAGAGAAGUUUUAGGUCAGUUCUACUUAGACCUCUAUCCCAGAGAAGGGAAGUAUGGGCAUGCAGCAUGCUUUGGUCUCCAGCCUGGCUGCCUACGCUCUGAUGGCAGCAGAAUGAUGUCUGUAGCUGCUCUGGUCACCAACUUCACAAAACCAAUAUCAGAUUGUCCAUCAUUGCUGCGACACGAUGAAGUGAAGACUUACUUCCAUGAGUUUGGUCACGUAAUGCACCAGAUAUGUGCACAGAGCGAUUUUGCUAGAUUUAGUGGAACUAAUGUGGAAACAGACUUUGUAGAAGUUCCUUCACAAAUGUUUGAGAACUGGGUAUGGGAAAAAGAACCUCUUCAGCAAAUGUCAAAAUAUUAUAAAGAUGGGAGCCAUGUUGCAGAUGCUCUUCUUGAGAAACUUGCUGCCUCUAGAAUGGCCAAUACAGGCUGGAAUGAAAUACAGAAACCUUUAUCCUGAAACCUGGAGGAUCUUUGGAUGGGAUGGAUAUACUUCAAAAUUUCUUACAGUGUAAACCAAACCAGAAAGCUUUCCUACUGAGUAAGGGAUUGAAUAUUCAAUGAAGCAACUGAUCGUUUGGAAUGGUACAUCAGCAAGGCAGAAGAUCCAAGAUUCAGACUUGGGAGAGGUCUUUUGCUCCUGAAGGUGUUAUUGGAUGAGAGAUUUGCACUGAUGACACCUUCAUCUUUUAUUUUUAUAUUAAACUAUCAUCAUGUACUAUGUAAUUGAAGAACUUCUUUCCUAAUUUCAGUUGUGUCUCCUGGGUUGGGUGAAACAGGUGAAGAAGCUAAGAACCUUGCAAUUCUAUCCUUAUCUUCUAUUUUUGUUGAUAUAAAGCUUUAUUCUAGGUCACCAUCCAUCUCCUUUUCAUUCUUUCAUACCACUACUGGUGGUCACUAGAAAGAAACACUUGUACAAUUAUAAUAAUUUCAGUUGUUCUUGAAGUCUUUCAUGAUAUUUAGAAAAAAACAAUUUGUCUAAGGUAAAUUUUAAUAGAUGGUGAAAAUCAAUCCAAGAAUGGUAUCCAUGUGUCCUGAAUCUUAUUAGUAAUUCUUUCCAAGGUGGCAACCUGGAGAUGUUCCAAGAAGUCACAUAAUUUAAUUAUUUUAUAUGUUGAUGGAGAGCGUGACUGUAAGUCCAUGCAAUGGAUUGCAUUGCAGUUUCCUCCAAUAGAAAAUAACUACUUAUGCAAUUACCCAAAUAAAACCAUAGGCACAGAGGCACUCAUUCUUGGACUAUAUAGAGGCAUCACCCUUAAUUUCCUGUUGUCCAUUUCCAGCUUUUGGCAAACAGAGGCUAGGGACAUGCAGAACAUGGUGUUGCAUCCCUGCUUAUCCUGGCUAAUAGCCAUUGAUGGACCUAUCCUCCAUGAACUUAUCUAGUUCUUUUUUGAACACUGUUACAAUUUUGGCCUUCACAAAAUCCCCUGGCAAAGAGUUCCACAUGUUGUCUGAACAUUCUGUGAAUAAGUACUUCCUUUUGUUUGUUUUAAACCUGAUGCCUAUUGAUUUCAUUGGGGUGACCCCUAGUUCUUGUGUUAUGUGAAGAGGUAAAUAACACUUCCUUAUUCAUUUUCUCUAUACUAAUCAAGAUUUUAUAGACCUCUGUCAUAUGCCCUCUUAAUCGUCUUUUUUCCAAGCUGGAAAGUCCCAGUCUUUUUAAUCUUUCUUCAGAUAGAAGCUGUUUCAUAUCCCUAAUCAUUUUUGUUGCCCUUCUGUGUACCUUUUCCAAUUCCAAUACAUCAUUUUUGAGACAGAGCGACCAGAUCUGCAUGCAGUAUUCAGGAUGUGGUCAUACCAUGGAUUUAUAUGGAGGCAUUAUAUUUUAUGUUUUAUUUUCUAUCCCUUUCUGAAUGUUUCCUAGCAUUCUGAUAGCUUUUAUGACUACCAUUGCACAUUAAGCUGAUACCGUCAGAGAACUAUCCACAGUGACUCCAAGAUAUCUUCUUGGGUGG